CAUUCGUCCAUAUAGUAGCUGUGCUGUAGCCUACAUUGUCAGUAUAUUUGUAGCGCUGUCUUCCAACGAACCGAUCGUGCAGAGCAAAAUGUAUCAAAUCACAAAGCGCUUGAUAAGCCAUCUUCUGUUAUUCACAAUCUUCUCCACCUUCGGGAUCAAAACAACAGUUGCCGAUCCAAAUAUUAUUAGCAAAUCACAAUGGAACGGCGUUGAGUCGAUUAAUGAGCUCAGUAAGCAGGCAUUGCCUAUUGGACGCGUUAUUAUUUUACACACAGCUGGUGCAGGUUGUCAAGAUGUGGAUAGCUGCUCGCAACAAGUGCGCAAUAUUCAAAAAUAUCAUCUGGACUUACAAUUCGAUGACAUUGGGUACAACUUUUUGGUGGGCAACGAUGGGAAUGUGUAUGAGGGGCGCGGUUGGGAUCUAAUGGGAGCUGCCGUUAAAAAUUACAAUAAUGGUAGCUUGAGCGUGGCAUUCAUUGGUACAUUUGAGAAUGAUCCACCUACAGACCAAGCUUUAGAGGCUGCUCAGUCUCUGUUGGAAAUGGGUGUGCGCACGGCUAAAUUGACAGAAGAUUACAAGCUGUUGGGACAUCGUCAGCUGACGUCAACUCUCAGUCCCGGCGCCGUUUUAUAUAAGAUCAUUAAGCAGUGGCCUCAUUGGACCCGUAGAGCACGGUAAAGCGUAACGUCUAAGGAUAUGUUUACGAACAUAUUUUGUUCAUUAAAAAAUUAAAGCGUUUGCAACACAAUCGAUUUGAAAUGGACACUCCUGAAUAGAGCAAGUAGGCCUUCAAGUAUAAUAAAAAUAAGCGUGUGUAGUCGGUUUCAUGCCAGUUAUUGCCAACGUUUUAUUUUAAUUUUAUUUUCACAUUUCUAUUGGAAAAUUCAGUAAAUGUAAUUGCGUACAUCUUGGCAUUAAUUAAUUAUAACAAAAGAAAAGAAAAAAUCUGCCGUUUCUAUUUAACGGUUUUCUUAAAUAAAAUUAUAUGUACUUCAACAAACGUAAGUAUGUAUUUUCUAAAAGUGCUGAAAGUAAAAUUGCCUGCUUAUUAAAUAAAUUAAAAUGUAGUUACAUCCAAAUGGCAAACUAUGUACAAUGCAGCUGAUUUUCACACUUAUUUUACCCGUAUUUUACACAUUAGAUUCGAGCUACUUGUAUCUGUAUAUGUGUAAUUUAUAGGCUAAUCCUCCAUUAUAAUGCUGCAUAUCUAAUCAAGACAAAAACUAUAGAAGUAAUA